AUGAGGAGUCUUCUGGUACUGACUUUGAUUGCUGUAGUUGUUUCUGACGAGACAUCCCCGGACAAGAAACACGAUAAGAGAGGCAUCAAUGACUUCGGCCACUAUGACUUCAGUGGAGGCCAUUUUGGAGGUCAUGACUUGGAAGAUGAUGGUUACAUUGGAGAUUACGGCCAACAUCAUCACCACAAAGUUAAGACCAUCACGAUCCAGAAGGAGAGGCCGGUCCCCGUCCACGUGCCGAAGCCUUACCCGGUGCACGUGACGAAGACAGUGCCUUACCCGGUGAAGAAGUACAUUCCUGCACCUUAUCCGGUAGAGAAGAAAAUUCCGUACCCUGUGAAGGUCCAUGUGCCCAGGCCAGUGCCAUACCACGUAUCCAAGCCUUACCCUGUCUAUGUCGAGAAGAAGGUCCCCUAUCCUGUAGAGAAGCACAUCCCUUACCCAGUCAAGGUGCAUGUUCCUCGACCUGUCCCCUACCACGUACCUGUGGUGAAGCACGUUCCUUACCCUGUGGAGAAGAAAGUCGCCUACCCCGUCAAGGUACCAGUUGAGAAGCCAGUGCCAUAUCCCGUGGAGAAGCCUUACCCAGUUGUAGUGGAGAAGAAGGUUCCAUACCCAGUGGAGAAGGAGGUGCCAUACCCUGUGAAGGUGCCUGUUCACAUUCCAGUUCCUGUCCACGAAGACAAACAUGAGAGCUACAGUCAUCACUACGGUGGAGAAGGAGAAAGCCACAGCGGGCUCGGGGACUUCAGCAGCUCUGUGCGCAGCCCCCGCUCCGCCGCUCAAUAUGCUUCCCCCCAGGUGGAUCUCUCGAACAACAAGGCUGUGCCAUCUGCAUAUAGAAAGAUCUGGCCACCUAAGAUAUCACCAGGAAAGAAACACGAUAAGAGAGACAUUAAGGAUUUCGGCCAUCACGACUUCAGUGGAGGACACUUUGGAGGGCAUGACUUGGAAGACGAUGGUUACAUUGGUGAUUACGGCCACAAAAUUAAGACUAUCACUAUCCAGAAGGAGGUGAAGGUGCCGUACCCUGUCCAUGUGGAGAAGAAGGUGCCGUACCCAGUCAAGGUUCACGUCGAGAGGCCGGUCCCCAUCCAUGUGCCGAAGCCUUACCCGGUGCACGUGACGAAGACAGUGCCUUACCCGGUCAAGGAGUACAUUCCUGCACCUUACCCGGUAGAGAAGAAGAUACCAUACCCUGUGAAGGUCCAUGUGCCCAGGCCAGUGCCAUACCACGUAUCCAAGCCCUACCCUGUUUACGUCGAGAAGAAGGUUCCCUACCCUGUAGAGAAACACAUACCUUACCCAGUCAAGGUGCCCGUACCUCGACCUGUCCCCUACCAUGUACCCGUUGUGAAGCACGUGCCUUACCCUGUGGAGAAAAAGGUUCCAUAUCCCGUCAAGGUACCAGUUGAGAAGCCAGUGCCAUACCCCGUGGAGAAGCCUUACCCAGUUGUAGUGGAGAAGAAGGUUCCCUACCCAGUGGAGAAGGAGGUGCCAUACCCUGUGAAGGUGCCAGUGCAUAUUCCAGUUCCUGUCCAUGAACACAAACACGAGAGCUACAGUCAUCACUACGGUGCAGAAAAAGAAAGCCACAGCGGACUCGGGGAAUUCAGCAGUUCUGGUCACGAGUACUGA